AAAAUUAAAUUAAAAAUGAUUCAAUUAGAGUGACACUUUUCAUCUGCAUAAAAAUAUACUAGAUUUAUACUUCAUUUGAACAAUGCACAUAUACUAGACAAGAUGGAAACCGGCAUAGCAAUAUUUUUAUUUGCGUUGAUUCUAACUGUCGGUAGAGCAAUAGAAGAAUGUCCAAACGACGCCUUUAUCGUACCACAUGAUGGAGCAAAGCCGUCCGUAUUUGACCAGAUAACUGCGCCCGAAAUCAAUGCAGUUCUGGAUUAUAUGAAAAGGGAGUUUAAUAUUAGAGUAUCACGGAAGGCAAACAUGUCGGAAAACUUUGUAUUCUUGAUGGAAAAGAAACCUGCAUUGAAACAUGAAUUAUUGAAUUAUAUAGAUAAUGGCGGGACCGCACCGGUACGUGAAGCAAGAGUCGGGCUGGCCACAUCAACCGGAGUUGAAGAGUAUACGGUUGGGCCUUUGCCCGCACCGACGUAUCAUUUCAAAGCAGACAAUCCAAAAUGGAGAGAGCUUCAAUUCACGGACAGACCGCCUACAUUACCGUCAGACGAGGAUGGCAUUGACCAAACUGUCACACGAGAGACACACAAACUAAAGAAACUUAUGAAGGAAAGCUUUGAUGGAUUUUCUUUCGAUCGUAAAUGUGGAAACAAAUGUUUGGACUAUGAAUAUGGCGCUGUUUUGGUUCACAACAAUAGUCGGAUACUUUGGGUAUAUUUUGUACGGAUUAUACCUCCUACUAUUGGUGAGGAUAUCUCGCAUACACUCGCCCUUCAAAUACUCCUCAACAUAACUGGUGCUGAUACAGACCAAUGGCAUUCGCUAAGAGCUUACUACAACGGCCAAUUUUUUAACUCGACAGAAGAGUUGGCUGAAAAAUAUGAUACUGGAGAAGUAGACAAGAUAUUUCAGUCCUUUAACGAGUCAACAGACACUUUUUCGACAUUAAAAAGACACACAAAUCGUUACACAAAGAGCAGCAGACGAGGUCCAACAUGUUUUCCCCAAGAUGGUCGGCGCUACUCAGUUGAUGGGCAUCACGUAAAAUAUUUAAACUGGGAAUUCGAUUUCACAAAUCGAGCUACUUCGGGACCGCAACUUUUUGACAUUCGAUUUAACGAUGAAAGAAUUGUUUAUGAGUUGUCUCUUCAAGAGAUUUUGUUGGCAUAUUCCGGGUUAACUCCAUCGUGGAAGUACCAUACACUUAUACUUGAUGGCUACCUCCAAACUGGUCUGUUUAUUUCACCUCUAGCUCCUGGUGUUGACUGCCCAGAAGGAGCGUCUUAUUUCAACCAAGUGAUCUAUUCGUAUAACAUCGGAACACCCAUUGAAAUAAAAAAUGCGUUCUGCAUUUUUGAAUACACUGAUGGACAACCCCUAAGACGACAUUAUGCAAACGAUUAUUUUAUUCCCAACGGCCGCUACAAAUAUUAUGGAGGUAUGGCAAACAAUGCUUUAGUCCUCAGAUCUGUUCUCGCCGUAUAUAACUAUGAUUACACGUUCGAUUUUAUUUUCUACCAGAAUGGUGUAAUGGCAACUAAAAUCGGACCGUCUGGUUAUCCCAUAACAGAGCCGUAUAACAAUGGAGUUAGAACAACACAAGGCUUUAGAAUAAACAGAGAUAUAUUUGCGCCUCUCCAUCAACAUCUUUUUCAUUUCAAAGUGGACAUUGAUGUCCUUGGACGAAAAAAUAGACACGAAACGGUGACUCUGAAAAUGAAAUCGGAAACUGAUAUACUAUUUGGCGACAACAAAGACGUCUUUCAUAAUCAAUACGCGAAAAGGAAUCUGAAAGGGUCGGAAAAGAACACCACCUACAAGUUCAAACUGCAUAAACCAAAAUACUUUUUAUUCUUUAAUAAACAAGCCAAGAAAAGCAAAUGGGGUCAUCCAAGAGCAUACUCGAUUGAAAAUCAUGGUGCUAGCAAGUUUCUUUACCCUGACGACUGGUCAAGAGUUGGCUCUGUGGCCUGGGCAAAAUACCAACUAGCUGUUUCAAAACAUCACGACAACGAGGACCAGAGCUCCACUGUAUACAAUGGCAUGAAUAGUAAGAACCCCGUUGUUAACUUUGACUCCUAUUUCGACGAUGAAAAUCUAAAAGAUGAGGAUCUUGUCGCAUGGGUGUCUAUUGGAUUGCACCAUCUUCCAAACAGUGGCCUUGAUUCUCCAACCACAACAACUGCAGGGAACCACAAAAGUUUCUACCUGAAACCUUUCAAUUUCUUUAAUGAAGAUCCCUCGAUAGCAUCCAAAGAUAAUGUGUUUAUAAUACCCGGAGAGGAUGGUGAAAACGUUGUAGAGGAAAAUCCGAAAAGCUCUAAAGAAAACUGCGCACCGCCUAAAGAUACGAACAAGUUUGAGGGGAAUCAUGACAAACCGUAAAAGAUGUAGAGUACCAAGGAGGACAGUCAUAUCAAAUUAGAAAGAUAUUGAACAUUGAUGCACUUUGUAAAUGUUGUAAAAGAUAAAUCUGCCUUUUGUGUUAGAGCCUCUACAAAG